AUGGCUAAAAUUGGUAUUUUUCUCUCUUACUACCGGCCUUGGGCUGCUAGUGCACUGGUUUUUGCGAUCUAUCGUCAGGUGCUCUGCGAUCAGAACUAUACAAUUCGAAAUGCGCUGCUUUACAUUACAAAGUCCUUACUCGGUUUCUUAAGCAUUUGGGCUUUCUAUACGGUGUUUGUGUAUCCACGAUUUUUCAGUCCGCUGAGGCAUCUACCGCAGCCAAAGACUGCAAGUUUUAUCAAUGGAAAUUGGGCAGAGUCUGUUAGCGAGUCUGCUGGUCUGCCAUUUCGACAUUGGUCAAGGACAAUCGAAAACAAUGGAUUGAUCAGAUAUCAACACCUGUUCAAUCAAGAGAGACUCGUUGUCACUAGCCCGGAGGGCUUGAAGGAAGUCUUGGGGCAGAACAGUUAUGACUAUGUGAAGCCUCAUCUGCUUCGUGCAAUGGUUGGCAAGAUCCUGGGCUAUGGACUGCUGCUUUCAGAAGGAGACGUUCACAAGUUGCAACGAAAGAAUCUCAUGCCAGCCUUCAGCUUCCGUCACAUCAAGGAGCUAUAUCCUGUGUUCUGGAGCAAGGCACAAGAACUUGUCUACGGUAUUGAGAAAGAACUAAGUGAAGGCCCUAGUACUGAGAUUGAUAUCGUUGACUGGGCAAGUCGAGCAUCUCUAGACAUCAUCGGCUCUGCAGGAAUGGGCCACGAAUUCAAUUCUCUCUCAGACCCUAGUAUCGAAGAUACCAUGAAGAUGUACGGAUCUAUGGUGAAGCAGAGUCGUGGCGCCAAACUCCUGACUGUCCUUCAGCUUGUCCUUCCUUCCAUCAUUACGGACUAUCUCCCCUUCCAGAGGAACAUGGGCGUUUUGGCUGCGUCUAGAGCUGCAAGGGAGACAUCCCAGAGGCUCAUCAACGCCAAAAAGGUUCAGAUGGCUGCCAAGGAGAAGCUUUCUCCUGAUAUCAUCUCUACGGCUCUUGAAUCCGGUCAUUUUACGGAUGAGGGUCUGGUCGAUACCAUGAUGACCUUUUUGGCAGCUGGACAUGAAACCAGUGCUGCGGCGCUCACAUGGACAGUCUUUCUAUUGGCAAAGAAUCAUGACAUUCAGGACCGUCUGCGGGAUGAGAUUCGUCAGAAUGUUGAUGGUCUCAGUGCUGAAGUAGACUCCAAAAAGCUCGAUGGCCUCUCAUAUCUCCAUGCGGUCUGCCAAGAAUCACUAAGGCUCUACGCACCAAUCCCCUUUACCGUCCGCGAUGCCCUGAAGGACACUUCUAUUCUUGGCACAUUCAUUCCCAGGGGCACAAUGGUCAUUCUCUGUCCAUGGGCUAUUAACAGAGCCCACGAACUAUGGGGUCCAGACGCAGAUGACUUCAACCCCGAGCGAUGGAUGGCGCCCGGACAGGCCAACUCGGGCGGCUCCAAGAACAACUAUGCAAACUUGACCUUUCUGCACGGCCCGCGGAGUUGCAUUGGACAGAAGUUCUCCCUGGCCGAGCUCAUGGCUCUUACGUGUGCGUUGGUCGGUCGUUACAGGUUUGACAUAGCGAAGGAUUACGAGGUGCGGGACAUCACGGAUGGGAUUGUGGCAAAGCCCAGCAAUGGCCUGAAAGUGUCUGUAGAGGCGGUUCAGGGCUGGUAA